AUAAUGUGAAGAGGAAGGAAGUGGUGUUUUAAACCACCUGCUUUCUGUCUCCUUUCUACCUUCAAGCCCACAGAGGGACGUUCAGCUGAAGCCACACGGAGACGAGAGGAGCAGCUAUGAGUUUAACAGCGAGUGGAUUUGUUGUCUUCCUUCUCUCUAUGCCGGUGGUUCAGGGUCAGGAAGACUGGGGAGUGACUUACACUUCUACUGAGAUCUGUGCAGUGAAAGGAUCAACAGUGGAGAUAAGCUGCAGCUACACUUACCCAUUUACGUGGAAAGACGUUGUUAACACAGUAGGAAAAACAUUCUGGUGUGCUGAGAACAAAGAUGAGGAACCUGUAGAUCUGAAAACAGUCUCAGAGUACGCAGGUCGUGUAGAGGAUCGCUGUGAAAACAACACCUGCACUCUGAGAAUCAAAAACCUGAGAGAGAGCGACUCAGCUGUGUACAAGUUCAGGUUCGAAACAAAGCAAGAUAAAUAUUUGGGUGAACCUGGAGUCACUUUGUUUGUGACAGAUCUCCAGGUGCAUGUGAGCAGAUCCCGACCGAAUACUCGCCUUCAGUGUCUCAGCAGUUGUCGUCCACCUGGUCACACUUCCUACAUCUGGUUCAAGAAUGGACAGAAAAUAAAGGAAGACACAUCUCCUUAUGCAGAAAUCGCUUAUGAUUCUGCAGAUGGUUAUUCCUGUGCUGUAAAAGGAUAUGAAGACUUCCCCUCUCCUUCAGUGUUGGUACAUGGUCAGGGCAGCUGGGGCGUGACUUACACUUCUACUAAGAUCUGUGCAGUGAAAGCAUCAACAGUGGAAAUAAACUGCAGCUACACAUACCCAUCCAUAUUGAAAGGAGGAUUUAACAGAGUACAGAACAAAUUCUGGUUUACUAAAUGGAGAGGUGGUGAACGUGUAGAUUUGACCACAGAAUCAGAGUACGCAGGUCGUGUAGAGGAUCUCUGUGAAAACAACAUCUGCACUCUGAGAAUCAAAAACCUGAGAGAGAGCGACUCAGCUGAGUACAUGUUCAGGUUCACAACAAACAACGGUAAAUACGCGGGUCUUCCAGUCACUCUGUCCGUCACAGAUCUCCAGGUGCAGGUGAGCAGAUCAGGAUCGGAUGUUAACCUUCAGUGUCUCAGCAGUUGUCCACCUGGUCAUACUUCCUACAUCUGGUUCAAGAAUGGACAGGAAGUCAAGGAAGACACAUCUCUUUAUGCAGACUUCAAUUAUGAUUCUGCAGAAAGUUAUACCUGUGCUUUAAAGGGACAUGAAGACUUCCCCUCUCCUUCAGUGUAUGCUCCAAAGCUCCCCUCUGUGUCAGUGAGUCCCUCUGCUGAGAUAGAGGAGGGCAGUUCAGUGACUCUGACCUGUAGCAGUGAUGCUAACCCAGCAGCUAACUACACCUGGUACAAGGAGAAUGAAGACUCUCCAAAAGCUUCAGGACAGAUCUUCAACAUCACUGACUUCAGAGCUGAACACAGUGGGAGUUAUUCCUGUGGAGCCCAGAACAAGUUAGGACGUAGUAACUCCACCUUACAUCUGAGUGUUGUGGCAGGGAGUUCAACAAUGAUAUUGAAUAUCAUCUGGACGACUCCGCUGGUCUUGAUUCUGAUUCCUGUGUUCCUCGUGGGUCUGUGGAUGAGGAAGAAGAAAACUAUUUCUCACCCCACCACUGAAGCACAUGAACCUGAAGAGAUAGAGUUGGACUCUGAUCCUGUGUAUGAGAACUUCAGAGUCACUGCAGCACAUGGUGUGAAGUCCAGUCAGAUGCUCACUUGAUGGAAACAAAGAAGAAUUACAUUGAAAAAUCCCUGUGGAGAGCGAGGCUGUGCAGGAUGUGGACGGAUCUAGUAUGAGUCGGCAGCAUGUACGUCUAGAAGACUGUGCUGCCGGCAGCUUGAACUGAAUCAUGGCGAGGUGUCAAACAUGAUGUAUUAUUAGGAUCAGGUGAUGGUCAGCUGCUCUAUAUUACUGCUUCAACUAUGCAUGCUUUUUUUAAUUGGUAGAGUAAGUGAUAACACAGAAGUCUAGCUUAAGAGUUCUUAUGCAAUUUAUUUUUUUGAAUUUCUUCAUAAUAAAUAACUUUUGGAGAAUCCUGAUCAGCGUCUUGGAUUCCCUGGAAGCAUCACAUUGUACUCCAUGUACAAUUUCGAUUAUCGUGCAUUUUAAUCAAAUAAGAACAGAAGCUUACUUCGAGCAACAGUUUGCAAAAUCUUCCAUUUCUCAAGUGUUCUUGUGUUAAAUUGAAAUAAA